UUAUAGCUAGGAAAAAUUAAAGGGUUCAGUUUUCUUAAUUACCUCAGUGAAACAAUCACAAUGGUUGUUAAAACUUUCAUCUUGGUUGUUAGCAUCGUAGCGAUUCAGGCAAGUGUUGUGCCUUUUGAUUUGAUUGACGAUGCGAAGGAAGAUCUUGAAGCUUUAAGACAAAUCGUCCUAGGUGCAAUUUUCGCCGGCCAAAACGAUCUAGAUGAUUUUAAUUUAGAUCUACAAAAUUUUGGCAGCAAUACUGAAACAUCAGCAAUUCUUACAGUUCAAAGCGAAGGACAAACAAUUAACAGCUCUUUGAUCGUUCUUAAAGAUUUAGCACACACUGCUGAAGCUGACAUUUCCUAUUGUCUUCAAGGGCGCGAAAACUAUCUUAACAAUCUACCGGUGGUGAUUCUUGCUGAUUUAAACGACUGCGUCUUUGGUGAUAUUGCAGAAGGAUCAAGAGUUUUAGGAGAAGUUAAGUAUUUGAUUGAUAUUACUAUUAAUACUGUUGAUGCUCUGGAGUUUCAACUUGGGUUGUGCGAUACUGACAGUGAUAAUUGUAUUAAUGCUAUUAUUCAGCAAAUUGAAUUCGAAACAGAGAAAAUUCCCCAGCAAAUUAAAGUGGAACUUUUAAAAGCUGAAGAACUUUUCGGGGAGCUGAAGAUUUCUGUUCAGGAAUGUGCUGAUCUGAAGAUAUCUCAGUACGUUAGUAGUGCAAAUACAAUAUUGAAGGAUAUAACGCAAUGUGUAAAUGCUAUAAUUGGAUAAGUACAACAAUAUCUUUUAAACAUUUUUCCGACGCGACUGACACUUGACCUUCAUUUUCGUUAUUGUUGAUAUUAUCAGAAUAGUUUUUGUGCAAAUUGUGACGCAUGUUUCAUCAUCCAGAUAAUUGUAUUAUUUGGUAAAAUACUGUAGAACAAUUGAGAAUUAAAAAUAGAUAUCCUUAUAAAACAGA